UUGAAGGUAGAUUGUGAUUGCAAGUUAUUUAAACGGAUAGGAAUAUUAUGUUCCCAUGCGAUUUGUGUUAUGAGUGCAAGACAAAUAACACAAAUACCACAGCAAUAUGUUUUAGAUCGUUGGACGAAGCUAGCAUUAAAGAAGCCUAUUUUUGAUUUGCAUGGGAAUCUGAUUGAAGAGAGCAAAAAGUGUAACAACGUGGGGAAGUUGUUGGGGGAAGUUUGGUGUGAAAUAUUCAAUUGUGUAGGUUUAGCUCAACGGAGUGAGAGUGAUUUACAAUCACUUUUACAAAACCUAAAAGAUAUUAGUAGAAAAUUGGAGGAAAGUGAUGAUGUGAGGGUGGACAUUACUAAAGAGCAACAAAUCGAAUUGUUAGUAGGCACAAGUUCAUCUUCGACAAUGGAAAUACAAAACCCAAUCCAAUCAAAGAACAAAGGAAAAAGGCAAAGAAUAAUUGGGGAAAAGGAACAAACUAUUGAGCAAAGCAAGAAGCCCAAAAGAAAGUGCAAAACUUGUGGUAAAUUUGAUUAUCAUGAUAGUCGAAAUUGCCCAUCAACAAAAGAUACCCCACUGAAGGAAAAUUGAUGCUGAAGAACAGAUAGAUGAAGAGAUUAUAUUAAGAUGACUAUGGAUAGCUACUGUCUUUUGUUUUGUAAUUUUGAAAAAUCUUUUGUUGCAAAAAUGAAUGCUACUAUGUUCUUAGGAAAAGAUACUAUGUUGUUAUUAAAAGUUACUAUGACAAUGUAUAGCUACUGUCUUCUGUACAUUUGACUGGUUAUGCACAUCCACUCCAUUCCCCCCUCCUUUGUUAUGCACCUUACUUGCCUCAUUACUACUAUUUUCCUUCAACACUGUUCUGUGCUCAUCACAAUCAUCUAUAGUUAGUAGUGCCUCAAAGCCAUUACUAGUCAUUAGAGGAUUACACUGGUAUUGUGAAAUCUCCCCAA